AUGCUUCGCAGCAUACUUUCAUGUAACCACCGAUGUUGUUCACGACAAAGUCACCUCAAGGUCUACUUCUCUUCGACAGCGCCGACAGCGAACGAUAGGCCGCCUCCGAAACACAAUGACAAAAUCAACUAUAAUCCAGAUAUCUCUUUCUCUACCACCGUCGACUCGAAACAUCUCAAGUACCCGAUGCUUACGUCGCGUGACCUCGAAUCUCAUCGCAAACCACCGACCAGAGUGCGGAUGCUAGUCCGAGAUUUCAUAGAGGAUUCACUGUACAAUCCGCACUACGGCUAUUUCAGCAAGCGCGCCACGAUUUUUACUGCACCUCCACACUGCGGUGGUGUUGAGGGAGGCUUUGAUUUUAAUAAAUAUAGAGAUAGUGCCGAGUUUGAAGUCGACGUCGCAAAGAGGUACAGGGAGUUUGGCAAUGGAGAAGAGGACGGUCCUGGGAGGCAACUAUGGCAUACUCCGACAGAAUUGUUCAAGCCAUGGUAUGGGCAGGCGAUAGCUCAAUGCUUGGUGUCCGAGUACUUGCUCAAAUACUUCCCUUACGAAGACUUCAAGGUCUACGAGCUGGGAGCCGGAAAUGGCACGCUGGCGCUGAAUAUCCUGGAUUUUCUAAAGACCCACUACCCAGAAGUAUAUGACCGCACGCAGUAUACAAUCAUUGAGAUUAGCGAGAAGUUGGCACGGGCGCAGCGACACCGUCUACAUCAACAGGGUCAUGGCCAGGUCGUGGAUGUGGUGAACCGGAGUGUUUUCCAGUGGCAACGCAAGGAACACGCACCAUGUUAUGUGGUAGCAGCGGAGGUGGUCGACAAUUUCGCACACGAUGUGGUCCGGUAUGAUCUGAAGACCCUGGAGGCAUAUCAAGGGGUCGUAGCUGUGGACGAAAUGGGCGAGUUCGUACCGUUUUACACGAAGAUCAGUGAUCCGCUCAUCGCUUCCUAUCUCGCGCUGCGUCGGCGGCUGUCGCUUCCUGUCCCGCUACCGCUAUUCCUCCGCUCGCCAUCUUUGCGGAGAUUGUACGCAUCUUUGCCAUUCGCACCGAACCUUUCACCUCCAGAUUACAUCCCGACGAGGCUGUUGAGUCUACUGAAGAUACUACGUGCGCACUUUCCUCGCCACCGGCUUUUAUUGUCAGACUUUUCGUCACUACCGGAUGCGGUGCCUGGCAUAAACGCUCCUGUAGUACAAACGCGCGUUGGCACAACGAUGAUUCCUUGUGGGAGUGUCUUCGUGCAGCAAGGCUGGUUCGACAUCAUGUUCCCAACGGACUUUGCCGCCCUUCGCGAGAUGUACGAGUUCUUGUUGUCACAGGCAGGGCCUGACCCGGAUGAACGGGACGAACUCUCGUAUGCAAGAGUGUCGCCGUUGGCAUCGAGCACGUCUCCACUUUCACUUGGAGCCGGUUUCUUUUCAUCCCAAGCUCGCCGCUCACCUCUGGACGGCGUGACGUCUGCGAGUGGGCUUCCCGUUGGUGAGCGGAAGAGCAGUGUAUUCAGUCAUGCAGAAUAUUUGGAGACAUAUGCAGACCUUGGGAAGACGAGGCUGGCGAAUGGGGAGAAUCCGAUGAUUGGAUUUUAUGAAAAUGUAAAGGUGUUAUUUUGA